AUUUGCAGAGUCUGAACUUCCAGAACCAAUUCUUCUGGCGUUUCUCCAGUCCUUCUCCUGACUGGGCCUGAAUUCACUGCUGCUGCCUUGGGAGUCAAAUUUCAUGCAACCAUUCCAAUGGUGUAACGGAUGCCUUUGUGGUUUGAGUUUUCAUCGCUCUGAACACUACUGCAGCAUGACGUCUGACAUCUACCACCUCCCUCUCAACAUCUAUGUCAUCGUGCUGGGCAUCGGCCUCUUCGUCUUCAUGCUCAGCCUCAUCUUCUGCUGCUACCUUUUCAGGUUAAAACAGCAAGGAACGAGGGAGCACUUCAGCUACAACGAGGUGGUGCUGAAAGGAGCAAGCAAGAAGCUGAGCCUUCUUGGACAAACCUGUGCGGUGUGUCUGGAAGAGUUCAGGACCCGAGAUGAACUGGGAGUGUGUCCAUGCUCACACGCAUUUCACAAGAAGUGCCUUCUCAAGUGGCUGGAGAUCCGCAGCGUGUGCCCCAUGUGCAACAAGCCCAUCCUGCGGCUUCACUCCGACGCGCCCCAGGGCGCCGAGGGUCCCAUGGACCCGGAGGAGGUGUGAGAUAAUUGAGUGCGGAAGAGAAAGAUCUGCUUCCCCUUUCAGAAAACACCCACAUUAAACACACUAAAGAUGAUGACCAUCUCAGAAGGUAAUGAUCCUAAGCUGGCCAGUUAGGAACGACUUGCCUCUGCUGGGAUUUAAGACAUGGACAGCGGCAACAUGUUUGGAUUAGUCAGAGAGGACGCUGAAUGAGUAGGAUUAUUUCCAUAUACAAAAAAAAAAGUUCCUAGUUCUGCUUCCAUGUUACAGUGUAACACAGCUAUUAAAAAAAAUAAUCACAUAAAAACAAUGGCGAGAGGAAAAUGGAUUAUCAGAACCAGUAGAGCAGCACUGCCAGCGACAAACAUCACCCGAGGCAUGGAACUGGACAUCCGAGCAUCAGCCCGAAUACCUCGACUUUCUCAGGGGUGUUUGUUACCAACACAGCCAUUACAACCCAUGUCAGUAACCAUAGAAACCCAGUGCCACAUAUGCAUCUUAAGUACUGCCAGUGUAGGUGAAACGCCCCAGCAGCCAGAGUUCGCCGUAUCAUCUGGCUGAAACAGAGACCAGCUGGAAUUAAACCCAGACGACUUCAGUAGGAACAGGUUGUGUCCCCGUCCCCCUGGUCAAUCAGAGACUCCUAGAAGACUAGUCCUGCCUGUAUGUACUGUGUGGUAAAGUAUCCCCUAUACAAUGUUAUUUUGUAUUUUAAAUAAAGUGUCAUGUAAUGCAA